AUGAUCAAUGCCGUCUCGUUUCCAGCCGCUCCUCCCGCACAGCUGGCGCGCAGCGGUGGCGUUCGGCUGAGCAGCCACGCUACUUUCAGCCGAACGCCAUCAAGCAGCGGCGUGGGGAAGGCCGUCGUGCGCCGCUUCGCGAGCGAUAACGAGGAGCGCUGGUUCAUGUGGUACGAGGGGUGGACCCAUGAUGACACGUCAGCAGAGACGGGCGGCGAUGGUACAAAUGGAAAUCAGGAAGGGGAGGAUUCCACGGUUCCGCCUGUUUCCGUUCCCCCUGUCUCCCGCGCGCGGACCGGGGUGGCGGUUUCCGCCAACGGGCUGCACUGGAGCCGGGGAAGCGGUGUGGCGGAAACUGACGCCAAGGGACGUGGGGGGCCAGGAAUGGUCCUUCAGCCCAGCGCCAACUGGUGGAACUUCGACACACGUCACGUCAGCGUGUCUGACGUCAUGAUGAUGUCAUCGCAGAAAGUCCGCGCCAGCGGCGGCGUCCUGUGGAUGUUCUACGUCGGGGGAAACGCGGAGGAACUCCCCAUCCCCGCGCGGAUCCUCCCCCUGCUCCCCCCGCGCCUCGCCCCCGCUACAGUCACACCACCCACCGGAGCACCGUCCGCCGCACGUGACUUUACCGAGGGGGAGGUCGUCGAGGGGCUUCGGACGCGCAUCGGCCUCGCGAUGAGUCACGACGGGCGGAACUGGGCGCGCAUCGAGGGGGAUCACCACAGCGGCGCGGCGCUGGACGUGGGCGCGGAGGGCGAGUGGGACGAGUUAUUCCAUGGCGCGCCGCAGAUCGUGUUUCACGAAGCCGGGGAUAUCCGGCUCUUCUAUCACUCCCUCGAUCGAUCCGCCAAGGGGGAUAAGACGAGCGACAAGGGGGACAAGGCGAGCGAAGGGAAGUUCCGGGUGGGGUUUGCCCGCUCGCGCGACGGGCUGAAGUGGGUUAAAUUCGGGCCGGUGUUUUCUGGGAGCAACGGGGAAUUCGCGUUUGACGCGCUCGGGGUGACGUCGCGGUAUGUGCUGCGCGACCCGCGGGCGUCAGCAGGGGGAAGCGGAGGGGGAGGCGCAGCGGGGAAAGGCGGGAAGGAGGAUGCGCGCAAGUACGUGAUGCUGUAUGAAGGCGUCGCCGCGGACGGAUCGACGGCCAUAGGACUCGCUGAGUCAGAGGAUGGGAUGAGCGGAUGGAAAUGCCUGGGACCUAUUUUUGAGCCAGCCAGGGGAGCCCGGGGGAAGGCGGAAGGGGAGGGAGAUGGGAGCGGAGCCGGGAAGAGCGGGAGGGAAUCGGGCCCGUGGGAUUCGUGGUCGGUGGGAUCGCCGUGUUUGGUGGAUCUGGGCGGUGGGCAUCUACGACUGUACUAUGUGGGGUCGGAUGGGCGGGGGUUUCAAGGCGUUGGGGCAGCUGAGUCGCUGGAUGGGAGCUUUGAGUUCGAGCGGUGUGCCAAUCUCGAGGCUCUUUUGUAG